UCCGCGGUUAAGAAGCACUUAUGACGGUGGCUCAGGAACGUUCUCUUGGUUCUCCUUUCAGGAGGCAAAGGAGAAUUCUGCCUAAGAGUUGAGUCCUGCCUUCGUGCUGAGGAGGCCUUAUUCCCGAGAUCAGGCCUGAGCCGGACAAACCCCAGCCUCUAAUCAUGGACUUGUUUCUGUGACCUUCCAACCAUAACAAUCAACUGGCCCGUCUUCUCACUUUUCUCGAAGGUUAAUUGCUUGCCCCGGAUAUGCUGCUCUUCUUCACUGUGGGAUUGCUCGUGCAUUUUGUGUUCUUCGCCUCCAUCUUUGACAUUUAUUUUACAUCCCCUCUGGUUCAUGGGAUGACUCCACAAUUUACAGCAUUGCCUCCUCCAGCAAGAAGAUUAGUGCUUUUCGUUGCUGAUGGCCUGCGAGCAGAUGCACUUUAUGAAUUCGAUGAAAAUGGAAAUCCUAGAGCUCCAUUUAUUAGGAAUAUCAUAAUGCAUGAAGGCAGCUGGGGGAUAUCUCAUACACGUGUGCCAACUGAAUCUCGGCCAGGUCAUGUAGCCCUGAUAGCUGGGUUUUAUGAAGAUGUCAGUGCAGUUGCCAAAGGAUGGAAGGAAAAUCCUGUAGAAUUUGAUUCUCUUUUUAAUGAAAGCAAGUACACGUGGAGCUGGGGAAGUCCAGAUAUCUUGUCCAUGUUUGCUAAAGGUGCUACGGGAGACCAUUUUUUUGCAUAUAGUUAUGAUGCUAAUGAUGAGGAUUUUGGUGCCCAGGAUGUAACAAAACUGGAUACAUGGGUUUUUGAUAAGAUUAAGGAAUUCUUUCAUGCUGCCAGAAAGAACCAAUCUUUGUUUUCUAAACUAAAUGAAGAGAAAAUAGUUUUUUUCUUACAUUUAUUGGGAAUAGAUACAAAUGGACAUGCUCACCGACCAUCAUCGAGGGAAUAUAAGGACAAUAUUAAACUGGUUGAUGAGGGAAUUAAAGAAAUUGUGUCCCUACUUAAAGAGUUUUAUGGAAAUGACGAGAAAACUGCAUUUGUCUUGACCUCUGACCAUGGAAUGACAGACUGGGGUUCCCAUGGGGCUGGUCAUCCUUCAGAGACUUUUACUCCUUUUGUCACUUGGGGAGCUGGAAUCAAGUAUCCCCAAAAAGUAUCAGCUCAGCAAUUUGAUGAUACACUUUUAAAAGAAUCUAAAUUGAGGUACUGGAAGAGGCAAGAUAUCAAUCAGGCUGAUAUUGCACCAUUGAUGGCUUCUCUUAUUGGAGUUCCCUUUCCCCUUAAUUCAGUGGGAAUCCUUCCUGUGGAUUAUCUUAACAACACUGAUGUCUUUAAAGCAGAGAGCAUGUACACAAAUGCAGUACAGAUUCUUGAACAGUUCAAGGUGAAAAUGACUCAGAAAAAAGAAGUCACUUUACCAUUCUUAUUUACACCAUUUAAGUUGCUUUCUGAUUCUGAACAGCUCAACAUUUUAAGAAAAGCAAGAUCUUAUAUAAAACAGAGGAAGUAUGAUGAAGCAGUCUCCCUUUGUAAGGACCUGAUUCAUCUUGCAUUGAAAGGAUUGUCCUAUUACCACACUUACGACAGAUUCUUUUUGGGCAUCAGUGUUGUGCUUGGUUUUGUGGGAUGGGCAUCUUAUGCUUCUUUGUUGAUCAUCAAGUCGCAUUCCAGCCUCACCAGAGGUGUUAGUAAAGAAGUUAAGAAACCAAGCCAUCUCCUGAUGUGUAGCUUUGUGGCUAUUGGUGUUUUAAUAGCAUUUUUCCUGCUGAUUCAAGGCUGUCCCUGGACUUACUACGUGUAUUGUUUGUUGCCAGUGCCAAUAUGGUAUGCGGUUCUAAGAGAAUAUCAAGUUAUUCAAGACCUUGUCACAUCACUGUUGACCUUGCCUCUGAGUCAUUUUGUUGGAUACCUGGUAUUCUGUACCCUGGGAAUUGAAGUAUUAGUUCUCAGUUUUUUCUACCGCUAUAUGCUUACCGCUGGACUUAUUGUAUUUGCGGGUUGGCCAUUUAUCACUCAGCUGUGGACGCGAGCAAAGAGUAUCUCACUGAGUUGGAUUUUCUUCUGUCUGCUCCUGGCAGUGUUCCCUCUGAUGCCGGUUGUAGGACGAAAGCCAGAUAUCUUUCUAGUAAUGGGUGCGGGCCUGAUGGUUCUUCUGCUGUCGCUGUUUGUUGUAACAUCCCUUAUAAAAAGAAAAUCUGGUUUUGUAAAUGGAGAGCUAUUGUUACAUCUAUUACAGAUGCUGAGCAUAGUACUUUCCAUGUGUGUUGUGUACAGCACCCAUAAUAGUCUACUCAGGAAACAAGGCCUACCUCUGAUUAAUCAGAUUGUUAGCUGGAUCAUAUUAGCCUCGUCCUUCGUCCUGCCACUGCUGAGUCCCACGGUUCUUCCCGAGCGACUGGUUAGCAUACUUCUGUCCUCAAUGUCAUCGUACCUCCUUCUCAGCACAGGGUAUGAAGCUCUCUUUCCAUUAGUAUUGUCCUGUGUGAUGUUUGUCUGGAUACACAUGGAACAAGAAACCCUACAGCAAUGUGGUGUUGCCCGUAAACAGAAGGUCAGCAAUAUCCAGUUCACCUAUAAUACUGAUAUAAGCCAGUUUCGACAGCUCUCUCUGGAUGACACCCGUAGGGCCUUUUUCCUUGUUUUCUUUUUACUGACAGCGUUUUUUGGAACUGGGAAUAUAGCGUCUAUUAACAGCUUUGAUCUUGCCUCUGUUUACUGCUUUCUGACCAUAUUUAGUCCUUUUAUGAUGGGAGCCCUGAUGAUGUGGAAGAUUUUGAUCCCUUUUGUUCUUGUGAUGUGUGCUUUUGAAGCAGUGCAGUUAACUACCCAGUUAUCAUCAAAAAGUCUUUUUCUCAUGGUCCUCGUCAUAUCAGACAUUAUGGCUUUGCAUUUUUUCUUCUUGGUCAAGGAUUAUGGCAGCUGGCUUGAUAUUGGAACAAGCAUCAGCCACUACGUGAUUGUCAUGUCCAUGACCAUCGUUUUGGUGUUUCUCAAUGGGCUGGCACAGCUGCUCACGACAAAGAAACUCAAACUGUGUGGCAAACCCAAAAGCCACCUCAUAUGAUGUUGCCGAAGCCAACACUCAGCAUAUGGACCCUGGUUCUUGGUCUCCUUUUAAACCCGAAGCGUAUCCAGAUUCUACAAGAAGAUGGAUAUUGAUGUAUGGCUUGUUCUGCUCCCGUGAAGCAAACUAUAUGUGGAAUUCUGAACUGCAGUAAAGGAGCUUCCAUUCUCGUUAGGCUUUGCACACGUGAAAUAGUGAUUACGUCUGUGGGAACGUGGAGUAAAACAUUCUCCAUUUUCAUUUUUUCCCCUUAACUGGCAGCUUUUCUCAGUGACAUUUCAGAGCCCCCGUAAUAAUCUGGUCCCCACUGUGCAGCUUCCUGUAUACGCAUAGGGGAAUGUGCUCCCCUGAGGACGGUUCUUACCAGGCCCAAAUCAGUGCUAUGGCUGAACUUGAAGGGAAUCAGCAGGUGACACCAUAAAUAUUUACCAACUCUUCGCACUAGUUUUCCAAGUAGUUCUAACCACUAACGGUAACACUAGGAAGGCUGGCAGCAUGUGUUACUCAAAUUGACUAACGCUUCAGCAGAAAAAGUGUUGGCAGGUGUUUGUCAUUUUUUUUCAGGAUGCAAUAUUACCUUCAGCUUCUUGAUGCUGUCUCUAGGGUUUUCAUAGUCAACCAGCUAGAUGCAGCUUUGACCGUCACUUGUUUGUUUUCUCUUUUUUGGAUUCUCAUGGAAUUUCUGGAGAGAGAAAAGUUGAAAAUGCUUAGUAUUUAUGUCUUGUCCAUAGGAAAAAAUUUAAAAGGAGUAGUUUUUAAUUGUAGAUUCAGUAUCUGUUAACCCCAUAACUUUUAAUCGUUCAUCACUUAAAUCAAUAGUUAAACUUUCUGACAAAAUCAUAAGAAUCAGGAUUAAAAUUGCUUCUCUUUCCGGUUGUGAGAUACUAGCCCAAAGGCCUAAAGUCCUCUUAUUAAAUUUAAAUUUCUAUUUGUAAACAAAUUCUAAUGGACCAAAUAUUUUGAGAGCAAUUUUUAUUUGGAUUUUUCAUAAAGUGACCUUUACAUAUCACUGUAGAGUUGGCCUUUUGCCCAUGGUGUGCCAGUAGAUUUUGUCUGGUGCUAACUAAGCUUUAGUGUCUGAGCAAUUUUUAAAAAUAAUUGCGUUUGAAUUAAGUUAUUGCAUUUCUAAUUUGCAUUAAUGAUGAGGAAGCCCUCUACAAAUUACUAGCUUUUUCAAGUUGGCAGGUGAGUGAACGAAUAAAAUUUAGAAGAUUCAAAACUGUUUCCCAGUAUGUGCUGUCUUAAUUUCUAUUUAUGAUAACAUAUAAUGUAUUUGUGAUAUAUUUCAUGGUAUACCAGAAAAAGCAUUAUAGUAUAAAAAAAGGAAAGAUGUGUUGCUGUCAGUAUAAGAUAAGACCACAUGCAUCAGUCUGUAAUACAAACUCAAAGGGGACAGCUGAGAAGCUGCUGUAGCCGACAGUGACAUUGGCAGGUGGAGAACCCGUUGCCUCAAAGGAUUUUUGAUCAGUUUUUUCAUAACUCAGAGAAAACUGACUUUAUAAACACUUAUUUAGCUCCUUUUAUAUGUAGUUUUUCCUUUUGUCUUUUCCCAGAUUUUCACACAGAGGAAUUAGUGAAUGUUUUAUUACAACAUUGUAAAAGGUGCUCAGUGUUUUAUUUUGCUUUUUGAAACAUGUGUUUUUUAUUAUUGUUUCAAGUUGUGUGAGUUUACAAAAGAGGAAUGUGUGUCCACAGCCCCAGGCUCACCUUGCUGCCCUGUAACUGGGUCCUUCAGACUCACCUGAGUUUGCUAGAUGGAAUUUUCCUAUUGCUCAGUUUAUCAAAUAUCUUACAGUGUUUUGAAAUGCAUAUUUUUGUAUUGAAUAACAGAGGACAAAUAAAUAAGA